CUCCCCCAGCUCCCGUCCUUCCCCGUCUCCAAGUGCCACUGUGGUCAUGGGAUCUAUAAUUUCAUUUUUGUCUAGGCUGGAGAGGAGUCCGCUGGCUCUGUAAGGUGGAUGUGGAUGCCCGGGGGGCUUCUAUGGUCCUGGGGGGACAGAGACUGAGCGGAUCCCGGCGGGGAGGAAGUUUUUCCAGAGCGGGAGGAUGCGGGGCGUCUGCUGCUGCCUCAUCCUGCUCUUCCUGCAGCCCGCCGCUGACCCGGUCACCUGCGCCAACCUAACGAACGGCGGCAAGGCGGAGGCCGCGAGGCCCGGGAACGCCAGGUCCGGCCCGAAGCCCGUCUGGCCGGAGAGCAAGGACCUGUCCAUCAGCCGGCUCCUCUCCCAGACCUCGGGCAAGGAGAAUGAGACGGAUCUGGACCUCCACUACGACGCCCCCCAGCCGUACUCGGAGCGAGACCUCUGGGAUUGGCUGAGGAACUCCUCCGACCCCCAGGAGCCCCGGCCCCGCUCCAAGAGGAGGCCCAUCGUCAAGACGGGGAAGUUCAAGAAGAUGUUCGGCUGGGGCGACUUCCACUCCAACAUCAAGACGGUCAAGCUCAACCUGCUGAUCACCGGCAAGAUCGUCGACCACGGCAACGGCACCUUCAGCGUCUACUUCCGCCACAACUCCACCGGCCAGGGCAACGUGUCGGUCAGCCUGGUGCCGCCCACCAAGAUCGUGGAGUUCGACGUGGCCCAGCAGUCGGUGAUCGACGCCAAAGACUCCAAGUCCUUCAACUGCCGCGUCGAGUACGAGAAGGUGGACAGGGCCACCAAGAACACCCUCUGCAACUAUGACCCCUCCAAAACCUGCUACCAGGAGCAGACUCAAAGCCACGUGUCCUGGCUCUGCUCCAAGCCUUUCAAAGUCAUCUGUAUUUACAUUUCCUUUUAUAGCACGGACUACAAACUCGUCCAGAAGGUCUGUCCCGAUUACAACUACCACAGCGACACGCCCUACUUCCCCUCGGGUUGAGGCCGCACGGGGAAGACCCGGGGCCGGCCGGAGCGGGGGGGACGCUCCCGGGGGGCCGGG